AAAUCCACACGCCUAUGUUGCACGAUUUGGUGCUUCACUUAGAGAUGCCCAGACUUUGUUGCAAGAAGCAAGACAAGCAGGUGUAGUCGAAGAUAUUUCGCCACCAGUCGGUGGUGCUAUUGGAUUUUUGAUUGUUUACUUAUUAUGUGAUAAUAAUUAUCUCAAUCACUGCUACUAAGAAUAAUAUUAGUAUUCACAUUCUAAACUAGAUCAUAGCCUGCAAAUAUGUGAACGAUUCACUUGGAGCUCAAUCUUAUGGUCAAGACAUCGGAUAUAGUGGCGGCGCUGGAUUCAGCGAUGGUGCAGAUUUUGCACAAUCAUCCUAUGGCUCUCAAUCCGGUUAUGACUUAGGAUUUGGAGGUGAGAC